AGCUUGAUUCCAGCCGUUGCUGCAGCUGCUCCGCAGCCGUUUUCAGGACCCAAACAACCGAAACCGCUGUUCCCAGAAUGGUGAUCCGUGUAUAUAUUGCAUCUUCCUCUGGCUCUACGGCGAUUAAGAAGAAACAGCAAGAUGUGCUUGGUUUCUUAGAAGCCAACAAAAUAGGAUUUGAAGAAAAAGAUAUUGCAGCCAAUGAAGAGAAUCGGAAGUGGAUGAGAGAAAAUGUACCAGAAAACAGUCGACCAGCCACAGGGUACCCCCUGCCACCUCAGAUUUUCAAUGAAAGCCAGUACCGUGGGGACUAUGAUGCCUUCUUUGAAGCCAGAGAAAAUAAUGCAGUAUAUGCCUUUUUAGGCUUGACAGCACCACCUGGUUCAAAGGAAGCAGAAGCCCAGGCAAAGCAGCAAGCAUGA